AGGGACUACCUAUCCCAGCAUGCCGCGGACUCCUCCCUGCGGAGCUCACGUCACGUGGGCGGGACAGGCGACAUUCUGCCGUGGCGGCUGGGGGUAGCAGACCAGCGCUGUGGAGCCGGAGGAACAGCCUUGUCGCCGCUGAUCCUGACUGUCCCAUGAUUUAAAACUUGGCUGGAAUUUGUCUUUGAGAAAGGAUCCCUCCCCACCCCCACCUCCCUGCGGCACAAACAGAAAUCGAGGGAGGACAUCUAUACUUAUUCCUGGCUGUCUGGAACUUGCAGUCCUAGAGCUUCUGCCUCGUGUGUGACGCAUUCCCAGACCAUCCUGCACGAUCAACAUCAGCUACUCCUCUGUGACUGGAUCAGAUAAAGGUCCUUUCAAGACUGACUUCAUUGGAUCCACUGAAGGGGACUCCACCAGGUUUUCCUGAUCCUACUACAGCACCGUAAAGAGCCAUCAGGCAAGAGUGCCAGCAUCAACCAACAGAAGACUCACUGGAUCUAUCAGCGCCUGUUUCACUAAGCAUUAUAAUCUUAUCAGCAGAGCAGAGUACUCUGUGUGAUACCAUCACCAGCUGAUACUGCUGAAACAGUUCAGACUAGAGGUCUGGCUUUCCUUGAGACGCUGGGAUUUGAAGGCGCUAUUCUAUGAUCUGUGCUGCUAUCACUAUAUAUAUUCCUUGCUUCUCCCUUCCAUGGGAAGCAUGAGUCUAUUGGAACUUGGGACAAGAAGAAAACAAGAUAUCUCUACAACAAAACCCAGAUACUAAAAAGAUGUCCCAGAUUCUGGAGAGCCAGGACAUGAACAUGAUGGACAGUGGCAGCAGUGACCCCGUAGGAGACUCUCAAAAGGAUUUAGAAAAUGAUUCCUCAGUCAACUCUCAAGCACAGGGCACCACGGUCACCCCUAGUCACACUGAAGAAGUCCAGACCCCACCUCCUGCGUCAGAUCUCAAGGAUGACCAUCAUGAGGUAGGGGCCAAAGAUCAAGAGCAUGCAGACACAGGUGACAAGCCAGAAAGUUCUGAGGAAACGGCUUUAGGGAAGCAUCUCGUGGAUAAAGCUGAACACCAGAGCAGCCCCAUUUCUCAGGACACAGAGCAGGGGCAUCUCCUUCCCUUGGAACAUGUGGGUGGAGAGACUCUGCAUCUGGAUCCUAACUGCUCUCAAAGCAGCAAGGGAGGAGAAGCAGUUGUGCAUCUGGGGAGCAGUUCCACAGAUCCCCCAGAGGGAGCAGGUGACAGAUGUGAGGUUGCUCAGGAGCCUCUGGGGAGCAGUUCUGCAGAUCCCUCAGAGGGAGCAGGUGACAGAUGUGAGGCUGCUCAGGAGCCACUUGUUGCAGACUCCACCGAUGCCCCAAGUCCCAGUCAUUCCAGUGCAGCGCAAGGAAGCCAGGAUUUACUGAGGAGACGACUGCCUGCGCCUGCAUCAGGGGCUGGAAGUCCUGAGGAAGAGACGAAGUUAGUGAAGGGAAAGGAAGCAACUGCACAGGAGUCACUGAGAAAGGUUGAUACAAAGAAUCUCUGGAGCUAUGGUCCUGUGCUCCUUGGCUGCCUGAUUGUAGCUCUUGUGCUAACUUCCGUCAAUAGCUACUAUUCCUCCCCAGCCCAGCAAGUGCCACAGAACCCAGCUUUGGAGGCUUUCCUGGCUCAGUUUAGCCAACUGAAGGAUAAAUUUCCAGGUCAGAGUUCCUUUCUGUGGCAGCGAGGUCGUAAGUUUCUCCAGAAGCACCUUAAUGUCUCAAACCCCACCGAGCCUGCCACCAUCAUCUUUACAGCUGCCCGAGAGGGAAAGGAGACCCUCAAGUGCUUGAGCCACCAUGUAGCCAAUGCCUACACCUCUUCCCAGAAAGUGUCGGCCGUCUCCAUAGACGGAGCCAAAAGAUCCCUGCAGGACAGUGACACGGUCAAGCUGUGGGUUGACUUGGAGCUCAGCAGUGGAUUCGAGAAUGGCAGUAAGGCUGCUGUAGUCCACCACUUCGAAUCCCUUCCUGCAGGUUCCACCCUGAUCUUCUACAAGUAUUGUGAUCACGAGAAUGCUGCCUUUAAAGAUGUGGCCUUCUUCCUGACUGUCCUGCUGGAGGAAAAAUCGCUAGAAGCAAACGUAGGCCCCAGGGAGACAGAAGAAAAAGUGAGGGAUUUACUCUGGGCUAAAUUCACCAACUCUAAGGCUCCCAGCUCCUUCAGCCACAUGGACUCAGACAAACUGAGUGGGCUGUGGAGCCGCAUUUCACACCUGGUGCUGCCCGUCCAGCCUGUCAAGAACAUAGAAGAGCGAGGCUGCCUUUUGUGAAGCCAGGCACAGAGGUGAUGUUAAAGCCAGGUCUGAGGGCUCCAUGCCCCCGGGAGAAGGUGGUUAGUUAGCAGGCGGGAGGAAACAGCUGAAAGGCACAGGGUCUUAUUUUAGAAAAGAAGCUUGCUUGCUUUCUUUUUUUUUUUUUUUUUUUUUGUAAAACCUUUCUAGUCUAAACGUCGAUGAAGCUAGCAAUUGGCCUGAUGGGAUGGUUUUCUUUGUCUUUUUAAGGAGAUCAGGUUUUUAAAAUACAGCAUGAUACAUAAAACUGAGGGAUUGUUUAAAUCUCCAGUACAUGGGCAGAAUCAUUGCACAGGAAGAUCUGAUUUCAGAGGAAAUGCUGCCUUUCCAGGACCCCACAGGGCCUCGUGGGCAGUGUUUGGGCUCAGACUAAUAAUUCUAGUGAUUUCAGGGAACUCUUCUACCAUUCUAAGUGGGUUUUUUGUUGCUUUGUUUGGUUUAGUUUUGGUUUUUUCAAGACAGGGUUU